AUGGGUAAAAAAAGAAGAGCAGCUAUUCUCCCGACCAACAUUAUUCUUCUUCAAAAUGUUGUUCGUAGAGAUCCCGGAUCCUACCACGAGGAGUUCCUUCAACAGUACUCCCACUACGAGUCUUUGAGAGACAUCUUUCUCAUGAACCCAUCUCCAGACCAAGGAACAGAAUUUGGCGAACUCAUUGGUUUUGUAUCUGCCGUUUGUAAUUGUUAUCCAAAAGAAACGAAGAAUUUCCCCGAGGAGCUUAGAAACAUUCUUCUCAAUAAUCAUAGAGACUUGACGCCUGACCUCAGAGAGAAGAUAAUCCAGUGUCUUACAAUGCUUAGAAACAAGAACAUCAUCACUGCAGAAACGUUGAUUUCGACGCUUUUCCCCCUUCUUCGAGCUUAUUCUAGUUCUGCUCAGAAUGCAUCAACGAGCUCUCAGAACGCUAAAGCUGUGAGACGCCAAAUUUACAGUACACUCAUUUCUCUUUUGAAAGCAAUGAACACGGGGGCAAAAAAUCAGAAAAUCAAUAGAAUGACUCAGGCUUUGCUUUUUGAGUUGCUUGAGCAAAGAGACGCUCAGGGUUUCUGGGCCACCAAGCUCACAAGAGAGCUCUGGAGAAGAGGUAUUUGGGACGACUCAAGAACUGUGGAAAUCAUGACCCACGCUGCAUUGCAUCCUGAUAUGAAAGUGAGUACCUCGGGAGCGAAAUUUUUUCUCGGUGCUGACAAGGAGAGACAAGAGGCUCUUGAGGAUAAUUCGUCUGACGAGGAGGGUUUUGAUAUGGGCUCAUUGAAACAUAAAAUGCAAAUCAACAAAAAAUCAUCAAAAAGAGCGAAAAAGAUGGAGCAGGCACUUAAGUCGAUGAAAAAGAAAAAUGGAAGCAAGGGCUCAGCAACGUAUUUGAACUUCUCUGCUAUUCAUUUGCUUCGGGACCCACAGGGUUUUGCCGAGGCUCUUUACGAUACACACAUGAGUAACAAGGCUGCCAAUAAGUACGAUUUGGAGCAUAAGAUCUUGUUCAUGAACCUCGUUUCGAGGCUUAUUGGUACACACAAACUUACAGUGUUGGGUAUUUAUUCCUUUUUUCUCAAGUACUUGACUCCCAAGCAAAGAAAUGUCACACAAAUCAUGGCUGCGUCCGCCCAAGCUUCCCACGACUUGGUGCCACCAGAAAACAUUGCUUCCGUUGUGCGCAAGAUUGCUGACGAAUUUGUCAGUGAAGGUGUUGCCUCCGAGGUGGCUGCUGCUGGUAUCAACACAAUUAGAGAGAUCUUGGCUCGUGCUCCAUUGGCUAUUGAUGCUACUCUUUUGCAGGACUUAGUGGAGUACAAGGGCUCUAAAGCCAAAAACGUCAUGAUGGCUGCGAGAUCUUUGAUCUCUUUGUACAGAGAAGUUGCUCCUGAAAUGUUGCAUAGAAAGGACCGUGGUAAAACAGCCUCGAUCGAGCUUCAGCAUGGCGAAAAGAAAGGAUUGCCUCAGUUUGGUGUCGAGUCUACUGUUACUUCCAUUCCGGGUAUCGAGCUUUUGGCUAAAUGGAGAAAAGAGCAAGGCUUGGAAGAUGACGAAGAGAAUGACGAGAACUGGGAGGUUGACGAGGACAGUGACGACGAUGACGUUGAUGGUGAAUGGGUCACCGUCGAAUCGGAUAAGGAAAUUGAUAUUUCCGACUCCGAAGAUGAAAAAGAGAAGAAGUCAGAGGAGGAUGCCAAGGAUGAAAAUGACGAGGAAGAUUCUGACCUUGAUCUCUCUGACAGUGAGAAUGAAGAGACAUCUGGCCCGGUGAAGAAGAAGGCGAAGAUUGCACAACCAAAGGCUGAUGAAGCUGCCGCUGCCGAAAAGGCAAUGACUGAGAUGCUCUCUCUGAGAAUCCUCACCCCAGCGGAUUUUGCUAAGCUUGAAGAGUUGAAGGUCCAGGCUGGUUUGGAGAAGGUACUCGGCAAACAACACAACGAAGAGGAAGUUGAUCUGACUUCUCUUGUUGGAAAGGUCAAGUACAAGCAGCUCAGAGAGGAAAGAAUUGCUCACGCCAAGGAAGGAAAAGAAGACAGAGAGUUUGGUUCGAGAAAGGGUAAGAGAGAGAACCCACAUUCCACCACCAAUAAGGAGAAGGCGAGAAAGAAGAACUUCAUGAUGAUGAUCCACAAGAAGGCCGUCCAAGGCAAGCAGAAGAUGUCUCUUAGGGACAGACAGAAGGUUUUGAGAGCACACAUAACCAAGCAAAAGAAGAAAGGGCUUUAG